AUGGCCACUGAAGAUGUAGACGAAGAUGAUUACAUGUCUGAUAAAUUCUUGGAGAACUGUAUUAACCUGAGACCUGGUCUGGUGUCAAAGUCAACCAGUCGCCAAUACCAGCUGGAAAAAAAUGCACAGGAAGCCAACAAACAAAACCAGUUAAAACGUAAAAAGGAAAGUGAGAAGAUGAGAAGAGAUGAUGGCUUGAGUUCAAAGAUUGGAAAAGAUAACAAAGGUUUUGCACUUCUGCAAAAAAUGGGCUUCAAACCAGGAACUGCUUUGGGCAAGGAAGGUCAAGGUCGUGCCGAACCUGUAUCAAUUAGUGUAAAGAACAAUCGUGAAGGACUGGGGAUGGAGAGUGAGCGGAAGCAAAGGCAGGAAGAGAUGAGUCAAAUGCGAGCUAAAAUGAUGCAUAAACGGCAGAAAGUUUACCAUCAACAGCAGAGUGGCUUCCAACAGAGAAUGAGUGAGAAAUUUACUGAACGGGAAUUUGAGACUGAUCUGGCAAAAAGUCAAAGGGUUUGUGAUGAACUCGAUGGUAAAGCAAAUAUUGAAGAGCCAAAGGAAUGGUUUUUCUGGCCAGUGUAUUGGUUAGAAAAGAAAUCUGCCAAAGAGGAAGAAGAAGAAAGUGAAGAACCAUCAGAUCCAAUCAUGGAUCUUUAUACUUCUCAAGAAAAAUUAGAAAUGCUGACUUGUUACCUACGGAAUACAUAUUUUUAUUGUGUAUGGUGUGGAAUCAGAUACAAAGACGAAAAAGACAUAAAGAACAAUUGUCCAGGGAAUACUCGAUCAGAUCAUGACUAA